CCCAUGGUCCUUCAGAAGUCGGAGCUUGCGCAAUAUGUUUUGCAAAUUUGCACGGCCCUGGCUGCUGGCAGUGAAUGUUUAGUGUUGUUGUUUUCACAUUAAGGGGGAAGAGAAAGAAUACCCGAAGUUAAUAAUACCGCAGGCUGGUCGCAUGAGGUUACUGGGUGAGCUCGUCCCUGCCAUGAGAGCUGACCACCAAGUCACCAGCCCCCCCUCCUUCUGCAGUUGAUGGAUCUGCAGCUGGUCCAGAGAUGACAGACAGCGUCAGGGCCUUCCUCCGCAAUGUUGCGACGGGGAUCAAGGACUCCAUAUUGGGGAUUGGAACAAUCUCCAAGCUGGAUGCCCGCAUCCAGCAGAAAAGAGAGGAGCAGCGGAGGAGAAGGGCCAGUGGGGCCCUGGCACAGAGACGGGCCCAGAGCGAGGAGCGCAAACCCGACAAUGACCCCAAAGUAGCCAGCAGGAUCUUCCAGUGCUGUGCCUGGAAUGGAGGAGUGUUCUGGCUCAGUCUGUUUCUCUUCUACCGGGUGUUUAUCCCCCUGCUGCAGGCUCUCACAGCAAAAAUCAUUGGUGACCCCUCCCUCCAUGGAAGUGUGUGGUCCUGGUUAGAGUUCUUCCUGACCUCCGUCUUCAGCGCACUCUGGGUUCUCCCUCUGUUCGUCCUCAGCAAGAUAGUCAACGCCAUCUGGUUCCAGGAUAUAGCUGACCUAGCAUUUGAAGUGUCUGGCUGUAAAGCGCAGCCGUUCCCCAGCGUCAGCAAGAUCAUUGCAGACAUGCUCUUUAACCUCCUUCUCCAGGCACUCUUCCUCAUUCAGGGUGUGAUUGUUAGCCUCUUCCCGAUCGAUGCCAUUGGACAGAUGGUGAGCCUCCUCCACAUGUCUCUGCUCUACUCCCUGUACUGCUUUGAGUAUCGCUGGUUCAACCAUGGUGUUGAGAUGCACCAACGGCUGUCCAACAUUGAGAGGAACUGGCCCUAUUACUUCGGCUUUGGUUUGCCCAUGGCUCUGCUGACAGCCCUGCCCUCCUCCUACAUCAUCAGUGGCUGCUUGUUCUCCAUCCUCUUCCCUCUCUUCAUCAUCAGCGCUAACGAGGCCAAGACACCAACAAAGCAGUACCACUUCCAGCUGCGUCUCUUCUCCCUGGUGGUGCUGAUCAGCAACAAACUGUUCCACAAGACGGUGCACCUGCAGUCCGCCCUGCCGCCCUCCACCUCCUCUGAGAAGCUGGCAUCGCCCCACACCUCCCCCACCCGCCACAGAUCCCUCCCCCCACAAUGAUGAAGGAGAUAGGAAAGCGGUUGAUGAAAGUCGUGAAAAAGUGAUUCUUCCACAGGGAUUUCCUUAAGAGAAGAUGAUAUGUGGUGUAGGAUAAAGGGUUUACAUGUUUUGGAUUCAUUGGUUCUUUAUUUGCACCAAACACAUUUUAAGAGUGACACAAAAAUCGACUGCUGCGUGCCUCACACUCAACAUUAGAUACUCGGCUCUUUUCUUUUGUGAAUUUCUUUUAUUGUUUUUCUUUGUAAAAUGUGCCAUUUAAGUCACUCUCCUUAAAAAUACAUGACAGCACAAGAAAUUAUGUAGUUAUAAUCUGUUUAAGCAAACAUGUGACGGAAGGACAUUUUGGAUUGAAGGGCCUUGUUUGCGUUCAGAAGCAAAGCACAGCCUCGCUGUACGUACAGUACAUGUGUUCUUGAUGUUGCAAGUCACAUUCCUUCCUCACAGAUAGAAUGUUUUUUUGCACAUGGAUAUGUUUUUUCUCUUCAAGCUGUUCCAGAAAUAACCCUAUCCAGUUAAAGAGGGAGGCUUGUAUAUUGUAUCAGAGCUUUGUUUUUAGUAGAAUAUACAAAAUCAGUUGAAGAGCUUCUAUAAAGAAGGGUUGGUGACCUUGGUAACGGAAACCAAAUAACAAAGCCACUCUUUUUGAGUGUUGACUAAAAGUUAGCCUGGUGUCUCAUCCCAAAUUGAAUCUCACUCCACUGAGAUUUACAUUUUGCAAAUCACAAAAGGACACCAGUUAAGGAAAAGCUGCCGUAGCGUUUGUCACUCGUUUGAAUUGAGUAAGUGAUAGGUGAGAUGACGCUGCCAAACUGUUGCAUUUGUGUUUUCUUUAUUUCACAUCAACCACUACAAUGCUAAGCUCUGUAAUGAAAGAAGGAGUCACAUAGUCUUUAUUCAACAUCUGGGUGAUCGGCCUUGACCCGCUUGCUCUAGUUAUCCCCUAGACUGAGAGCUGAAGCAAAUAUAGCUGGACCCAACAGAUCAUCGGCUGUUCAAUUUCUGUGUGAUAUCCCAAAUGUUCAACCAGAGGCCCACCACCAUGCAGAUACCCUGUCACCAAGCUUUCUGUCACUCAUGGCCACGGGGAGGGCCAGGAUUUUGAACUGAUGUGCAAUUAUUGUAAGAAGAGCAUAGUGUUUGUGCAGACUGAUGUAUGUGUGUGAGGUUUUGUAAAAGUAAUACGUCUAAUUUCAAUAAAAUUGGCAGUAUUCAAUA